GUUGCUUUUAUUUUAAUUCGUGUCGGUGCUCCGCCGCGAGCGCACGCCAGCGAGGCUCGGUCGCUGCCACUCGGUGUCGGUUCAGUAUUUAAUUCGUUAUAACCGGUAAUCGUCAGUUCGAGCACUGACAUUGCUGCUACAAACCAACCGUGAACAAGUAUUGAAACCAUACCAUAACACUGCUACAUAAUUUUGAUGUUGAUGUGCAUUUGUGGAAUGACUCUGAUUCAUAUGUUCAAGUGAAAUGGGACGCUCAUAGGCUACGAAAAUAUGCUGUUAUUUUGAGCUGAUUAAUUCUGAUAAUCAUCUCUAGUGGAACAUUGCGGAAUUUGGAACGGAUUGUAGCAAUGUACGCGACAUCGACGACGUCGACGACGUCGGGUUCGGGGCGGUGCGCAGUGGCGGCGGGCGCGGAGCGGCGCGUGCGCGUGGUGCGGCUGCUGCGCCCGCGCCGCGCCGCGCCCGCCUUCGGCUUCUCCCUGCGCGGCGGCCGGGAGUACGCCACCGGCUUCUUCGUGUCCAAAGUCGACUUCAAUUCCGAAGCACAUCUCCAAGGACUUAAGGUUGGCGAUCAGUUGGUGAGCGUAAAUGGAUACCGCGUGGAUGAUGCCGUGCACUCAGAGUUGGUGCACUACCUUGCCUCGCAGACCCGUCUCAAGAUCAAAGUUAGAAAUGUCGGAAUGUUACCUGUCAAAGACAAAGCGCACGAGUCUUUGUCAUGGCAAUUCGUGUCGGAUCGAGCCUCGCUGGGUUCGGACGUGUCGUCUUCGCCCACCCUGUGCCACGACACAGAGCGGCUAGCAGACAUGCGACUCUCAAUACUGGUGCCCCCGCGAGCCAAGCUUGGAUGCGGAAUCUGUAAGGGCCCCGACUGGAAGCCGGGCAUUUUCGUUCAAUUUGUGCGCGAGGGCGGCAUCGCGCAGGAAGCGGGGCUGCGGCCGGGGGACCAGAUCCUGUCGUGCAACGGCCAAGAUUUCACUAACGUAACUUUUAAUGAGGCAAUAUCAGCGAUGAAGGCCGUAGGGCGUCUCGAGCUGGUGAUUCGAGAGGGGGCUGGUACGGAGCUGGUGUCUCCCGAGAGCUCUGGGUACAACAGCUCGGCGUCGUCGGCGGCCGGCGAGCGCAGUCCUGCGCCCACCGUGGUGCCGCUGGCGCCGCCGGCCGCCCUGCGCAGGCGCCUCGCCAGCGUCGCCGAAGAAGCCGCUGACAGGGCUGAUAGAUUGACUAUGAAUAGACUAAAACGAAGAACGUGGGACAGUUUAGAAUUUGAUUGGAAAGAUGGUGAUGUACAUAGUUUUGAUAUUGACGCGCCAUCUGAUAUAGAGCCGGAUUAUGACUGUCCGAGCAUACCAAACAAUCCGCAUACCUUUGAAAAUAAACAUAAUCUAAGAAAUAAGUCAAAAAAAGACUUUGUAACUGCUCCAUCGAAUAGAACUAUAAUUAAUUUAACCGAAGACGGUGCUACAAUUCAAUGUAGUUAUGAUAACCAUAACCAAUCUCCUAGGAAAAGCACAUUCACCGCAAAUCACACGACUAGAGAUAAUAAUGAUAAAAAAACAAUAGUAGUUGAAGUUCAUCACACCAGUGGUCCUACAACCUGUCCAAAAACGCACAGUAACUAUCCACCGCCCCCGAAGAAAGAAGACUUGGACUCCUCCAGUAUAUCGAGUUCAGCUACGCUAUCGAGUGCCAUUGCCGAUGAGUUGCAGAGGCGGAAAUUGAAAAAGACAUCGAAUUCUAUAGAAAAUAAUCCAGCGCCAAAUCCGCCGAAAAAAUCUAGCAUACCAAAAAUCGCAAGUAAUGAUCAGAAGAAGCAGCACGACGCCCUAAUGGACGAAUUCAAAAAAGUGCAUAGGAAAAUGUUUGCUAACCAAGAUGAGACCACCACAAAAGAUGGCACUGAGACCGACGUUGACAGCUUGGAUCGCAAACAGACCCUGCCAUUGAAGAAGGCCGAGUACGACUCUGCAGAGACCACCACCAACCAUCACGCGCCGCCGAAACGGGAAGCCACCGACAACCCACCACCUCCGCCACCGAUGCCUACUUCAAACGGACACCAAAACGGAGAUGCCAAAGCAAUAACAAAUAAUAAACCAAUGGGCAAACCAAUUUUCCAAGACAUUAUAAAAUCACAAACACUGAGAAACGGUACUUUGACUCGGACUCCCACACCAGAUUACAAUAAUAAAGCGGACUCCGCGCACUUGAAAUUAAAGAGUAAGGAUGACAAAGCCGAGCUCGAGUCGUUGGAGUCGUAUAAGUUGAAGAACCCAGUGAAUGUGCCACCGAAACCGCCGUCUAAUUAUUUUAUGAGAGCUCCGAAUGGUACUGCGACUAUGAAGAAGCUCGCGCGGCCUGUUUCUGUGACCAUAGGCGAGUACGCGGGCGGCGGCGGCCGACGGGAGCCGACGAAGCUGGACUUCCUGGGCGCCGACAAGCCCGACGGCGGAGCGCCCGACGACGUGCCCAUCACUAAUCGGCUGCAGUCCGAACUAGCGAUGACGCUGUCCAGAUCCAAUUUGCGCAAAAAGACUGAGGCUUUGGCGGACGCUGGUCGAUAAUAAUAUGGUGAAGCCCUAUUUACAGUAGAUGUAAUAAACAUUAAUAUUAUACUUUUAAUAAAAAUAAAUCUUAGUUGGCCUGUUCGACCAAAGUUAUGUAAUAUAGGCACACAAUGUAUUAGUUAUUCGUAUAAAAAGAUUUAUAUCAUGCCAGAGCUCCAUGGCAUUCAAUUUGGUUGCCUGUCAAUUUAAAAUAUACUUAAUCUCUAUUAUUAUAUGUAAUUAUUUAUACAAAGGUACCACAAUUAUUUUAUGUUUUGUACGGUAAUAUUGCUGUUCACUUCGUAAUAUACACCCGUGGUUAAUUAAUUUAAUUUAUGUACUUAAUGAAAUGUUUGCGUUGAGUGACGUAAUGAAUCGCCUAAGUCAUAUUAUUUUAAUGAGAAAAAUAAAUGAAAUUAAAAGGA